CAAAUUCCAUUUUUAUAAACUCGGAUCUAAUCUGGUUCCUUAGACUGGUUCCCUGUCCUUUAUAAUGAUGCGACUGGUAUCACAUGACUGUAAAAUGGUGGAUGACUAACGAAGUGACUGUAUUUUUCAGAUUGAAAGGCUCUUAAAAUGAAUGCCAUUAUAUCACUGUGCCAUUUUUGUGAAUUACAUGGUCCAAAAGUGUUGUUCUGUACACAGCCAUUACAUCUUGAAGAGAAAUCUGGAGAAAGUGUUGUGGAUGCGGGAGGGGAGGCGUCCGUGCAGUCAAGAAGAGUUGUCACCCCUUCUAUAUCAACAGAGCCACAGGCACCACUAACACCAACACAUAACUCUCUACCUAACUAUAAAAAUGAUUUAUGUGAGGGAUGUACAUCAGUUCACCUAGGUUUUGUUAGUCAUGAUGAGGAGGCUGGUGUGAGUUAUGUCAGCUCUCAGAGACCUACACACAGAGAUGUAUUCGCUAUGAUUCGACAAGCUUGUAUUAGAAGCUUAAGUUGUGAGGUUUGUCCAGGGAGAGAAGGUCCGAUAUUCUUUGGAGAUAUCCAGCAGGGUCAUGCCAUUAGUUAUACAUUCUUUAUUAAAGAUAAUCAAGCACGAGGCUUCCAAAGACUUUACAGUAUACUUGUUGUUAUGAUGGACAAAAUAUAUCUGCUUAAUUCAUGGCCAUUCUUAGUGACUCACAUAGAAACUGUUGUAAAACACCUAAAGACUAAAGCAAAUUCUGUGUUUGAAAAUGAAAAAGUGAAGUUCCCUCAAAGGCAGCAUAGACUAGCAUCUAGUGUAACACCAAAGAAUUUUAUACAACAAAGGGGAGGUAAUGUGAAUAAGCCAGCAAGAUCUCUUGUAGAGUUAACAGAUGAUAAGCAUGUUUUUAAGAUUUUACAUACCUCAUUUGUGUGGAUAUUGAAAGCUUGUGGGAAUAGGUUAUCAGAAACAUUACUAGAGGGACCUCCUACUGAAGACACAAUCAUUGACAUGGAGAAACUAGAAGAAACUGAAGAAGGGUUUGUAAAACUGUUCAGUAAGAAAUUAGGAUGUGAUGAUGAUGUUGAGGAAGGAGAGGAAGUGCUAUCAUCACCAACAAGAGACAACAAGUCUCUACAGGAAGUACCUGAGGAUGAUGGGAGUCCAACCAUACAAAAUAUCCGCCAUCUUUACAAGUUGCUGGGAGGAGAGAAGUUACACAUUUUAUCACAUCAUGUUGUCAUUGGUAACCAAGUAAUAUUGAGAGGCACAGGCAAAACCCUCAUCAGGACAUUUUUUGAUUCCCUUACAUGUUUACUACCAAAAGGUUGUUACUGUGUUAAGCCACACAGUGAUGUAUAUGUUGAGUCUUACCUUUGUAACUUUCUUGGUUUGAAUCCAGCUGUAUCCAUACCAGCACAUGUGAGUAAGAACGAGCCAUUUCUAUUGGUGGAUAUAUAUGAACCAGAUAACAGACAAUCUUCUGAUGAGAAAUCUCUAGAGAAUUACAGAUUUAAGUUUAGCAGUGAGGUGAAUCUAGGUAGAGCUCCCUGCAUUCUAAGUAAGAUGGAGUAUGCUAUCAGAAAUGAGGACUUAUGUAUGGAUGCAGCAGAUCUUUGUCUGGUCUGUUUAAAAGAAGAAUGGAUGAACAAAGUAAAGGUACUGUUCAAAUUUACGAAAGCUGGUGGCAGCCGUAGUGAAGAAGACACAAAAAAUCUGCUGAAAAUUGUUGGUGCUACUGAUGAUGAUAAAAAGUUGCUUAGUUAUUGGAUGAGGGGUCUAAGUGAUCAAUACAAGAAACACAUCCUGUCUGCAUCUAAGCAGCAUAUUUGAUUAGCUAUUGUUUAAGUACUGGAUCAGAAUGUCAAAUAACAAGUUAAAAAAGUUUUCUCGUAUUAGUGUAAUGUGUGACAUACAAGAAACAAUUCUCAGAAUCCUACACUAUAUGAUUGGUUUAUGGCAGCCAAAGAUUUUGUAUGGUUGUCAACAAUGAUUGUUUAUGUUAGUAAACUAUCUGAAUGAGGAACUUAAUCAAAGACAUUUAAUUAUGAAUUGUUUCUUAGGUAUAGGAUGGAGAGUUCAAUAAUACAAGAAUUAUACCUUAAAUGUGUCUCAAAACCAUAUCAUUGUCUGUUAUAUUUUGCCAUCCUACAUAAUUAACGUGAUGAGCUGUCAGUUAGGAAAGAGGUUUGCAUACAUCAGCCUUGUGUGAUACUGUUAAUAUCUUUUGCAGAGUUAAGCAUGAUAAGAGGUUGCAAACUUUAAGUGUUCUCAUAAGUCAGACACAUUAGUACAUAUAAAUGUGAUAAAAUGUUGCUCUUACAAAAUGAGAGAUAUUUUUAUAUAAAGUGCAAUAUGAUAUAAUUAAAAUAUUUAGAGAAAAUC